AUGAGUCUUAGAAGAUGAGAAACAAUGUGACUGAAUUCAUUCUUCUUGGACUGACUCAGGACCCAGAAAGACAGAAAAUUGUAUUUUUCAUUUUCUUGGUAUUCUACACUGCCACUGUAUUGGGAAACCUGCUCAUUGUUUUGACAAUCAAGACCAGUUCAACACUUGGGUCUCUGAUGUACUUCUUCCUAACUUACUUAUCUAUCACAGAUUCUUGCUUCUCUACCACCAUGGCUCCCAAACUGAUUUUGGACACCCUCUCCCACAAGAACACUAUUUCUUUUGAUGAGUGCAUGACCCAAAUAUUUGCUUUGCAUUUCUUUGGUGCCAUGGAAAUACUGGUCCUCAUUUUGAUGGCCUAUGACCGUUACGUGGCCAUCUGUAAGCCUUUGCACUAUUCAGUUAUCAUGAACCGAAGGGUGUGUGGGAUCCUCAUUCUGCUGGCCUGGGCAGGGUCAUUUCUGCAUUCAAUUGCCCAGAUAAUCCUCAUCUUGAAUGUGCCUUUCUGUGGUCCAAAUGUGAUUGACCACUUUUUCUGUGAUUUACAACCUUUGUUGAGGCUGGGGUGUAUGGACACACAUGUCCUAAACCUCUUGGUAGUUUCUAAUAGUGGGGCCUUAUGCUCAACCAGCUUUGUUUUGCUAAUGAUAUCCUAUACAAUUAUACUACGCUCCCUUAAAAAUCAUAGUGCAGAAGGGAAGCGGAAAGCCCUCUCCACCUGCAGCUCCCACAUCAUUGUUGUCAUCAUAUUCUUUGGCCCCUGCAUAUUUAUUUACACCCGGCCCCAAACUACUUUCCCACUGGAUAAGUUGGUGUCUGUAUUUUAUACCAUUAUAACACCCUUUCUCAAUCCUUUGAUCUACACUCUAAGGAAUGCCGAAGUAAAAAAUGCCAUGAAAAAGUUAUGGAAUAAAAAAAUGAUUUCAGAUAACUAAUAAUAUGCUCAAUAAUAUUUUUCCUUUUUUUCAAGGAUAGUUGAGCUAAACAAGAAGAAUUAAAAUUCAAAUAUAGCUAUAGAAAAGAAAAUAAAGCAGGUGUUCUUCACCUGAGGUUCAUGGACUUUUGACAAUAUUUUGAUGAAUUUAUUUCAAUCCAAUUUUAUUUGUUGUUCAAUAUAUUUCAUUUUCUGCAUUUAAAAAUUUUGUUCUAUUUAGCAUAAAACAUAUAAUGUCAUUUUAUUUCUUUUAGUCAUUAUUUCAAAUAGCAAAAAAUGAGGUUCUUAGUUUGUAUA